GGCUGCCCUGGAAUUCACUCUGUAGACCAGGCUGGCCUUGAACUCUUAGAGAUCUGCCUGUCUCUGUUGGGAUUAAAGGCACAUGCCACCACUGCCCAGCUCAAAUUCUUGUUCUUUUUUUCUUCUACUUUUUUUUCGAGACAGGGUUUCUCUGUGUUGUUUUAGUGCCUGUCCUGGAUCUUCCUCUGUAGACCAGGCUGGCCUGGAACUCGCAGAGAUCCGCCUGGCUCUGCCUCCCAAGUGCUGGGAUUAAAGGCGUGCCCCACCCCUGCCUGGCUCAAAUUCUUAUUCUUGAGGUGGAGGCCAGCAAUCUAUGUUUAAGAUAUUUUACAAUGAUUGUUGUUGUUGUUUGUUUGUUUGUUUUUUUGAGACUAAGUCUGUGUGACCAUGGAACUCCUUAUGUAAACUAGGCUGGCCUAGAACAGAGAUCCAACUCUCUCUGUGUCCUGAGUACUGAGUAUUAAAGGCAUGAGACACUAUGCCAGGCUCUUACAGUUUUGAUGCAACUAAAAGUUCAAGAAACCCUAUUAUAGAUAAAUGUUUCCCACCCUUACUGUUUUUGUUGUUGUUGUUGUUGUUUUGUAUUAAUUUUUUUUUUCUGUUUUUUCAAGACAUUUUCUCUUUGUAGCCCUGGCUGUCCUGAAACUUGCUCUGUAGACCAGGCUGGCCUUGAACUCAGAGAGAUCUGCCUGCCUCUGCCUCCCGAGUGUUGAGAUUAAAGGUGUGCACCACCAUCACCUGACUUAGUAUUUUUUCUUUGUCAGCUAACUUUCUAAAAAUUUUAAGUUUUGUAUAUGUGUGCUUGCAAGCAUUUGGUGGGGUGGUGCUGGGGAUCGGACCCAUGGUCUUCUGCAAAACUAGGCAAGCACUCCAUUACUUGUGCUAUACUAUAUUUCAGCACUUGGUUGUUGUUUUUUCUUUUUCUUUUUUUUUUUUUUUUCCGGUUUUUCAAGGCAGGGUUUCUCUGUGUAGCUUUGGUGCCUGUCCUGGAUCUCACUCUGUAGACCAGGGUGGCCUUGAACUUAAAGAGAUCUGCCUAACUCUGCCUCCUGAGUGCUGGGAUUAAAGGUACGUGCCUCCACUGCCUGGCUUAAUUUUUUUUUUUUAAGAUUUAUUUUUAUUUUAUGUGCAUUGGUGUUUGGCCUGCAUGUAUGUCUGUGAGGGCGUUGAAUCCCCUAGAAGUGGAGUUACAGACAAUUGUGAGCUGCCACGUGGGUGCUGGGAAUUGAGCUUGGAUCCUCUUGAAGAGCAGCCAGUGCUCUUAACCACUGAGCCAUCUCUCCAGCCCCAUGGUCCUGUUUCUUUAAGCAGUUGGCAUUACAGGCCUGUGCCUCAAAGCCCUGCUUAAUUAAGUUAAUUUUAGAAAGACAUUUGUAUUGCCAUAAAAACAAAUACAGAUAGAAAGGUAUUGUCAUAAUGAUACAGCUAGACUCUGUUUUUGUUUGUUUUUUGGUUUUUGGUUUUUUUUUGAGACAAAGUUUCACUAUGUAGUCCUGGCUGGCCUGGAACUCUCAAUAUAGAACAAGCUGGCCUCAACACAGAGAUCUGCAAAACCUCUGGCUCUGAAGUGUUGGGAUUAAGGGAAUACAUCACUAUGCCCAGUUUAUUAGUUAGACUCUUAUCACCUAGAAUUCCAUAUGCUAAAGGUUCGAAUUUGUCAGGUAUAUCAAAUAGAAUAAUAUUGCCAAGUGGAAACAUCUUUCAUGAGUUAAUGCUUCUUACUGUCUGGUAAGUAUCUUGUUGAUGAAAUGGAAUGACAUCCCAAAUCAUCUUGUGCCAAUUCCAUAUUUUGGAAAAUACUGUUCUUAGUAUUCAUAUAAGUUAUUUGCCAGUAUAUUUCCAGCAUAUAUUCAGGCCCAUGAGUAGAAUUGACUAACCAGAAAUAAUAAACUUGUGAAAUGGAGAGUUUUCAGUCAUCUCUAGGGAGGUCAUCUAGACCUGCAGAAUGAAAUUACUUUAUUUAGCUUGACUUCUCAUUUUUUUUUUAGUAUUUUGGUUCAUGAGAGUCACCGGUUCUACAAGAUGUCACUAAUACAGUGGCCGUGUGAAAUAGGAACACAGCAAUAGAAAUCGCAAGGAGAGCAUGACUCUAGUUUAUGGAAGGGGACAGAGAGGGACAUACUUACUUGCUAGGAAAGAGAUGAUUUAUCUUAGGCACUAGAAACUUAAUAGUAUGAUGAAUCUGUGUCACAAUUUAAUUUGUAGUAUUAGAAUAUUUUAGACUGGUUUUUUGAUUUUUGUUUUGUUCUUUGUUUUUAAAUUUAUUUGUGUAUGUAUGCCUGUUUGUAUAUGCAUCAUGUGUAUAGUGCCAGAGGAGGGCAGAAAAGGUCAUUGGAUUCCCUGGAACUGGAGUCACAGGCAGUUGUGACCCGCCUCAUGUGGGUGUGGGAAAGCAAGUGUAGGUCCUGCCCAGGAGCGUCCAAUUCCUUUAACUGUUGGGGACUAUAUUUCCAGCCCCAUAGUAGUGUUCUGAUUGAUUGUUUGAAAAACUUUAGGGUAUAAUUCAUUCAUAGCAGUAGAAUCUCAAUUACUUUCCUUGGUAUGCCCCAGUUUGCUUUAGUCUUUUGUAUUGUUUUGAGAUAGGGUUUCUCUGUGAAGUUUUGGCUGCCCUGGAAAUCCCUGUAUAGAUCAAGCUGGCCUCAAAAUCACUAAGACCUGCCUGCCUCUAUCUCCCAAGUUAUUCUUUUUCUUAGAAAUUUGAGGUGUAGUUGGUUCAUUUUUUUUUUUCCCCCCUCUUGUCUCUGUCUCACCUAAGCUGGCCUUGAAUUUAGGUGAUCCUUCUGCCUCUGCCUCCUGAGUGCUCGGAUCAUAGACAUGAGCUACUUGUAAUCCUAGAGAGACCAAAAAUCUAAUAUGUAAAUAUUUACAAACACUUACGUUUAAGCGACACAUUUUUUUUUAAUAGUGAUUGUGGUUAUUUAAUUUUGAAAACAAACACCUAUAUGAAUAAACAAGUAGUAGUUUUGUAUAUUUUGGUCAUAUUUUAAAAAGAAUGACAGAGUCCCCAGAGACAACCCUUGUGAAUGUGAUGUAUGUUCACAGCUUUUCUGCUGUACUAUUCUGUAGGUUCAAGGCUCACUUCUCCAUCCUGAUGCUGUGUUUUUCAUUUUAAAUCGUCAUUAGGUUGUCACUUGUUUUUCAGUACUGUUUUUUUCUUUCCUUUGUUGAUUUUUGAUAUGGGGAUUUUUUUUUUCUUGAUGUUUAUACUUAUUUUGAACAAUUGGGGACUUGAUUGUUUUUUGAGACAGGGUCUCAAAAGUAGCCCUGAUAGCCUGGAACAGCCUCAGGAGUUCUGAGAUUAGAGGUGAGCCCCACCACACCUAGCUCUUUGAGGGUCUUUUUAAUGGAUAAAUCAGCCAAUCACAUCAUCUUUGGUUAUUUUCAGCUGUUUCUUCAAAGAUUGCCUUUAAUUUGGAUGUAGUGCUGUACAUCUGUAAUUCCAGCAGCUGAGAAGCUGAGGCAGAAGAAUCAUAAUUUCUAGCUAACCUGGUCUGCAUGGUGAGAUUCCCUGUCUCAAAAGUAAAAAAUAAAAAUGGGAGGAAAAGAUAGCUUCUAUUGCUUCUAAUUUUGUAUGUAGAAAAUUCUAGAUAGAAGGAAUCAAAUAAUCAGAGUACAAGUGUUACUUUAUCAGAAAUGAACAGCAACUCUGAUGGAAAUAAAGUUUAGUAGGCUGCAACUUUUGACAUAAGUGCUAAAUUCUGUAUAACCUUAUUAAAAAUAUUUUGAGAUAAGGUCUCACUCUGUAGCUCCUUAGUCUGCUUUAGAAGUCACUGUGUAGUAUCACUAUGUUCAAGCUAAUGACAGUCCUACUGCCUCAGCCUCCCAAAUUCUGAGGCUGCAGGCAUGAGGCUUUAUGCCUGGCUUUGUGUUAACCUACUUGGCAGUUUAAUUCUUAGGUAACAAUUCAGGCCUUUGUAAUGUCUCUCUUAAAUCUGAGAAGUAUGCUGAUUAAAAAAAAAACUCCUACAGUAGAUGUCCCCAAGAAUAUUUUUGUUAUUUGUCAAGACCCUUUGCUUUGUAUAAUGAGAGAAGACUAGGUUGGAAUAGUAGAUGAAAUGUAGCCUUGGAAUUUAGUUUCUUUAGAAUUUCUGUUCUUAACGUUGUUGUAAGCCUUUUCUCCAGCUUUAUUUUUUAAAAUAAUUUUGUUACAAGUUUUCAUACGUAAGUGAUUUAGAUUUUUAAAGUUUGUAAAACAUCAAUAGUCUUUGGUCAUAUACAGCAGCACUGAAAUUACUAGCUGGUGUGGUACAUGCUUGUAAUUCCAGAAGUUGGAAGACUAGGCCAGAAAGAGUGUGAGUUUGAGAUCAGCCAGGGCUGCAUUAGUUAAACUUUGCUUCCAACUCUUGUUCCUUCCCUUCAACCCCCGAAAAUAUUUACUUUUUUUCUUCCUAAAAUAAGCAUUAUAUUUAAAAGUUUUUAAGCUUGUCAAGAGGAUUAUGGUUGGAAUUAAACUAGUAGCCAUUAGUGAUUAUUAAAGUAUAGAACUGUAUUAAUCAAAAGACUAUAAAGAAAUAGUUUUCUAAACUGUGUAAGUAGUCCUAUGUUUACAUUUUCUGAAGAGAGAGAAAACUGCUACUACUAAGUGUGAUUUAUACAUUCAGAAAUAUUUUGGCAUUCCAUUGGAAGACUCAUAACUAUUGGCUUUUGUAUAUAAAUAUCUGAUUAUAUUGUUAAGAUGUUGUGAGUCCUUUUAUAAAAUAUAAUGUAAAUUGCUUAAAUAUGCUGUAGAUCAAUCUGAAUAUAUUUAUUAAGAUAGCAUGAAGGGGGAAAUAAGUAUUUUAAAAAGUAACUACAAAAAAUUGGGCAUGGUGAUGCACCCUAUAAUCCCAACACUUGGCAGGUGAAAGUGGAAAGAGCAGAAAUUCAAAGUCUUCUGGAUACAUAAUGAGUUCUAGGCAUCCUGGGCUACAGGAGACUAUAUGUCUUCCCCCCCUCCCCCCAAAUAAAAGUAAUUUAGGGGCUGGCAAGGUGACUCUGGUUAAGAGCACUUGCUGCUCUUGUAUCAGUUUCCAGUACUCACUUGACAGCUCACAACUGUCUAUACUUCAGUUCCAGGGGAUUCUGUGCCCUCUUCUCACCUCUGAGAGCACCAGGCACAAGUAUGAUACACAUAUAUACAUGUAGGCAAAAUUCAUAAAAGUAAAAGUCCAAGUAAUUAUAAGCUGGGUGUGUUGCUACAUACCUAUAAUCCCAGCACUUGGAGAGGCUGCGGCAGAAGGAUCAUGAGCCAGCACUAAGCCAGCUUCUCUGUCUCAAAAGCAAAAACUAGUAGCAGAAAGGUUUCUAUAGAUGCUGUUAAAGGACUUACAAAGAUAAAUGAGACAAGUAAGGUGCAAGGAGGUCUGUAUUAUAAGAGUGGUCAGGUUGAUUGACUCCUCAGUACAGUAGUCACCUUGGUUCAUGUGAAGACACAAGGCUUUAAUUGUGCACUUCUUAAAUUAUCUCCAUGCCCUGGAAUAGAUAAGAGACUGGCCAUAGGUUUUUAUGUAAUUCCUAUACUAUUAUGUGGAUGUGCAGCUUAUAUUGGAAGAAAGGGUAUUAAUAGCUUGUCUUUGUAUUUGGGAUUAGGCAAACAAGAAGCUACUCAUUUUCAAUUCUGUUCUUAUUUCUAGCGCUAACUUUCCUAUCCCUGAAGGGGUGUAGGUCUUAUUUCAGAGGGAAGGAGCCUGUUGUGUCCUAAGCCAACUGAGUGAUAAAAGGUCCUAAACACACCUACAGAUGGAGAUGGUGGACACUCGGCUUGUCAUACUAGAAAAUGUGGGAGAACUUUCUUGUCCCUGCCUUCAUUAAUAGAAAUGGGAUACUUGCAUUGCUUUGUAUGCUGAUGCAUUUCCUGCUCUACUCUUUGUUUUCCCUAAGCUGAGCUCUGAGCUAAAUCUGUACAAAGAACUAUUGACUGCUUUUAUAUGUAAAUUGCUUGCCAUUAAUGCCUGAUGAUAUACAGUAAGAUAGGAUUCUGCAUACCAUUAAAUAUGUCAAGUAUUACAACUUUAAGGUUCUUUUGAAAUUAUCAUACUAAACUCAGUUCACUUUUGCUAACUUCACAGUUGUUGAUCACAUAGCAUGGUCAUCCACUCACAGCUUAAAAAAAUACAGGGAGCAUCGGAGAGAAUGGGUUCAAUGUAUCUAUGCCUGCCUACUUCAAUCUGCAAGGGAGUUUCAGAAAGGCCCCGCAUUCGCCGAGCCGAGAUACUACACGACAAAGAAUCAAAUUCAGCGAUGACAGAGUAUGCAAGAGCCACCUUCUCAACUGUUGUCCCCAUGAUGUCCUUUCUGGAACUAGAAUGGAUCUUGGAGAAUGCCUGAAAGUCCAUGACCUGGCUUUAAGAGCAGAUUAUGAAAUUGCAUCCAAAGAACAGGACUUUUUCUUUGAACUUGAUGCCAUGGAUCAUCUGCAGUCAUUCAUUGCAGAUUGUGAUCGAAGAACAGAAGUGUCUAAGAAAAGAUUAGCAGAAACCCAAGAAGAGAUAAGUGCUGAAGUGGCAGCAAAGGCAGAACGUGUUCAUGAGUUAAAUGAAGAAAUAGGUAAAUUGUUGGCCAAAGUGGAACAGCUAGGAGCUGAAGGAAAUGUGGAAGAAUCUCAAAAAGUAAUGGAUGAAGUAGAGAAAGCACGGGCAAAGAAGAGAGAAGCAGAGGAAGUUUAUCGAAAUUCUAUGCCAGCUUCCAGUUUCCAGCAGCAGAAACUUCGAGUCUGUGAAGUCUGUUCUGCAUAUUUAGGUCUUCAUGAUAAUGACAGGCGACUUGCUGAUCAUUUUGGGGGUAAACUGCACCUGGGAUUUAUUGAAAUAAGAGAGAAACUCGAAGAAUUAAAGAGAGUUGUAGCUGAGAAGCAGGAGAAAAGAAACCAGGAACGUCUGAAACGAAGAGAAGAGAGGGAGAGAGAAGAACGGGAGAAACUGAGGAGGUCCCGCUCACAUAGCAAGAAUCCCAAAAGAUCUAGAUCCAGAGAGCAUCGCAGACACCGAUCUCGCUCCAUGUCACGAGAACGCAAGAGGAGGACUCGAUCCAAGUCUCGGGAGAAACGACAUCGCCACAGGUCCCGUUCCAGUAGCCGCAGCCGCAGCCGCAGCCACCAGAGAAGUCGACACAGCUCUAGAGAUAGGAGCAGAGAGCGAUCCAAGAGGAGAUCCUCAAAAGAAAGAUUCAGAGACCAAGACUUAGCAUCCCGUGACAGAGACAGGAGUUCAAGAGACAGAUCACCUCGUGACCGAGAUCGAAAAGAUAAGAAGCGGUCCUAUGAGAGCGCUAAUGGCAGAUCAGAAGACAGGAGGAGCUCUGAAGAGCGGGAAGCAGGGGAGAUCUAAUUAGCUCUGUAUAUACCUUCAGUCCUUAAGCUUCCUGUGGAGCUAACGUGCUGUUGUCUAGUUUACAGUCCUUCAGGGUGACAGUUCUAGAUACUGACCCAGGCUAGAUAAAAUACAUAUUUAGUAUCUAAUGAUCUGAACUGAACCUGUUUUCCUUGAUAAAGCCUAAACUACAUCCAUAGUUUCUGGUGAACCUAUACUACAAUUCUGAACGUACAGUACAGUUUUAUAUAAUAAGACACUGAUCUCUCGUCUUUCAAGUAGGAGUGAUAGUGAAUGAGUUGUGUUAAUGCUUGCAGUUUUUGAACAUUUGUAAAAUACUGUCUUCCUUUGUAUUCCAAACAGCAGCUUUGGGGAAUUUUUCUUUAUAAUUCUUCUUCCUGUGACUUUUGUAUCUCCUGAUACCUGUGCCUCCAACUGUAAGAGAAAAGGGGGCAGGGAAGCAAUAUAACUUGUGUUCUAAGGUUCUGGUCACCUCAGUUACUAGUUGAUUACAGUUGAGCAUUUCUACUGGAUUGUGUGCUGGAGAAACUUACACAGGGCUCUUUGGUUUGGGCCGAUGAAGAGUGGGAAGUUGAACAGCUGUUUCAUUACUUUUGCUUUUUUAUUGAAAAUUUGAAAUCAGACUUGUCUUGAUUUUUCUGUUCUACUAAAUUGCUAUGUUCAGUAUAUUGAGGGGGAUGGGGCAGGGACUGUUUCAUAAUAAGCACUUGUUUUAUUUUGUGUGUGAGUGUGGAGUAUAAAGGCUAUCUAUACUCUUAUUGUAAAAAUUAAUAAUAAAAUGAGAAGAAACAAUCAUCACCACCAUCAUUACAUUGUAACUUGUUUAGUAAGUUGUCACUAGAACUGUUUGCUGUGGUAUUUUCCUCUAUUCUGUAACAUCCUUAACAGUGCCUUACUGUACAAGGCACCAAAGGAAGGAAAUACAGAAUUGUGGAUUUCAAUGAACUGUUGCUCCACCCAAUUCUCUUGCUGACUAUACUCCACUACUUCAGAGCUGUGUUUAACAGCUUCUGUAAGGAAAGAUUGGACCUGUAGAAGUAACUAAGAGUCUCUUGUUUGUAUUUCUUAAUUGACAAGCCUGAAUAAAAUCAAUAUGUAACCAA